ACUAUACACAACAUGAGGGGUUAAAAAAAACGCAUUCUACGGAAUUUGAUUGGACGGAGAGAAACAUGACAGCUGAACUGGCUACCAAUUGGACCAGUUGGGACAGAGACGGGGCGUGUCCUUACAGGCAGUGAACUCACACCGGCCAAAACAUUAGGUACACCUGUUCAGCCCAACAAGCGCCAAAUACAAUUUAUAUAAACAAUUCUACCUUUGUAAAGACCCUAAAAUCAUUUUGAAUUCAACUAACCUAUCAGGCGAGUACAAUUUUAUUUUUUUAACUACCUAUGAUGAUGCAGUGCAGUUCUGCCAUAGUAAUAAACAUAUUGUUAAAUAGCACCUUCCAAAGAUCCAUCAAUAUUUGCAUUAUAGUUGACCAAGUGUAGGUACAAAAGUGGACAUGGUGUAUUUUCUCAGCUAAGCAAAUUGUUGGUUGAACCUGCAGUUCAAACAUGCAGUCCAGCAACAUUUAUUUUUAUCAUAUCACCCCCCAUGAAAAUGAGUUCAGCAGGUGUUAAAGAAGACUUUUUUUUUUUUUUUACAUUUUAAAACGGUUCCCAGGUUUUUUAACAUCAUCAAAAACGCCAACGAUCACAAAUUACAGUACACUUUACACACCCUCUAUCUUGUGAAAAGUAACCUGUUUUGAGGGUGUUCCUGCCUCAAGUGAGCGAGCCAGCUCUCAUUCUGGCCCACAUACUGCUGAGCUAAUAGAGUACGGAUUUUGUUAACGUGACGACUGGGUAUGAAGCUCGGGGAUUGAACCUGCGGUGGGAGACCCCAAAGUGUAGGGGAAAAAGCUGCUCUCAGCACCCCCCAUGCAGAAGGCGAGGGGGUGGGAAUGUAAGAAAGCUGUAAGUGGACUUAACAUGGGUCGCGGCCGAGGCAGAGGGCGAGGCAGGGGCAGGGGCUCGGCGGCCCAGUUGCGCUCGCCCUCGCCCUACAGACUGCAGCUCUCUCCCUCCAGGGAGACGCUGACAUACGCCCAGGCGCAGAAGAUCGUGGAGGUGGACCUGGACGGCAGGUUGCACCGGAUCAAUAUCACGGAUCCCCUGCCGGUGAUCACAGAGGAUGAGAUGAUGGCCCAGGACAUCGCGGAGUGCAACAGCAACAAGGAGAACAGCGUGCAGACUCAGAGAAGGAAGCCCUCCAACACCAAAGGGAGAAAGAACGUCAAAAAUGUGUCUCAGCAGAACAAACGAUCAGGCUCCCAACAGCAAACGGCAUCGACCAAUUCCCUCCAGCUCCAUAGUCCACUCCCGGAGCCCACCUUCCGCACGCUGGGCUCCGUUUGCCCCCCGGACGGCUCUCCCCUGCCCACCACGUACUACCGCUUCAUUGAGAGGUCCGGCGAGGAGCUGGACAGAGUGGCCGAGUACGACAUGGAUGAGGAAGACCUAGCCUGGCUGGAGAUGGUGAACCAGAAGAGGGUGUCCGACGGCCACGCGUCUGUGUCCGCCGACACCUUUGAGCUGCUGAUCGACCGCCUGGAGAGGGAGUCCAUCUUGGAGUCCCGUAGCCAGGCGCUGUCCCAGUGUGCCGUGGACGAAGACGCCUUCUGCUGUGUGUGCCUGGACGACGAGUGUCUGAACAGCAACGUCAUCCUCUUUUGCGACAUCUGCAACCUGGCCGUGCACCAGGAGUGCUAUGGCGUGCCGUACGUACCCGAGGGUCAGUGGCUUUGCCGCUGCUGCCUGCAGUCGCCUUCCCGACCCGUAGAUUGCGUGUUGUGUCCCAACCAAGGAGGGGCCUUCAAGCAGACCAGCGACGGGCGCUGGGCUCACGUGGUGUGCGCCAUAUGGAUCCCAGAGGUGUGCUUCGCCAACACCGUGUUCCUUGAGCCCGUGGAGGGGGUGAAGAACAUUCCCCCCGCCCGCUGGAAGCUCACCUGCUACCUGUGCAAGCAGAAGGGCCGGGGCGCGUCCAUUCAGUGCCACAAAGCCAACUGCUAUCGCGCCUUUCACGUCACCUGCGCCCAGAAAGCCGGACUCUACAUGAAGAUAGACCCCGUCCGGGAGACGGGCAUCAAUGGAACUACCUUCUCUGUGAAGAAGACCGCCUUCUGUGAACACCACUCCCCGGUGGGGUCCCGGCGUGACGGGCCCGGAGACGAGUCGGUGGAAGGCAGACUGGUGGGGGGCAGGGGAAACAGGGGCCAGCGGUCGUACACUCAGAGCUCCCCUACCCCACCGGCGAAGAAGGCAUCCAAAGGCCAAAAGAAGAAGAAAGGGCCUGGUGGGUCCACACGUCGAUCGAAUGUGCCUGUGCUGCUUGUGCCUCAAAUUCCCUCUCACAGGCUGAACAAGAUCUGCACAGGAGUAGAAGUCCAGCGGAAGAAUCAGUUCAUGCAGAGGCUUCACAAUUACUGGCUACUCAAGCGACAGUCGCGGAACGGGAUGCCUUUAAUACGUCGACUUCACUCCCACAUGCAGGCCCACCGGACUGCCGAACAGAAAGAGCCGGAUGAGAAGCUGUGUGCUGCCCGAGAGGAGCUGCGUUACUGGCAGAAGUUGAGGCAAGACCUGGAAAGAGCCAGACUUCUGGUGGAACUCAUUCGCAAGAGAGAGCGGCUAAAGAGGGAACAAAUGAAAAUUCAGCAGGCUGCCACAGAGCUGAAGCUGACGCCGGCGCUGGUGCUCCUGCGGACCACCUUGGAGCAGCUGCAGGAGAAGGACACAGCCAAAAUCUUCUCUCAGCCUGUCAAUCUAGCAGAGGUCCCAGACUACAUGGAGUUCGUAUCCCAGCCCAUGGACCUGUCCACCAUGCGAGCCAAGCUGGAGGGACACGCCUACUGCUCCGUCGCUGACCUGGAGGAGGACUUUGAGCUCAUGAUCUCCAACUGCCUGAAGUACAACUCCAAGGACACCAUGUUCCACAAAACGGCCUUGCAGCUGCGUGAGGUGGGCGGGGCCGUCCUACGCCAUGCCCACAGGCAGUCGCAGAGCAUCGGCCUGGACCCGAGCACCGGCAUGCACAUGCCCGAGUCUCCCAAUAAGCAUGGCUUCCAGCAGUGCACCUGGGACGACGUCGACUCCCUCUUGGACCCCGACAACAGGCUUCACCUGAGCACGGACGAGCAGCUCAAGGCCUUGCUGGACAAACUGGACGUGGUGACGUCCAUGCGGACCAGCGGCGGACGAACCAAACGCAUUCGCCUACUGCGGCGAGAAAUCAACACUCUGAGGCAGAAGGUGAACCAGCAGCAGCAAAACACUCAGACACUUAAUGCCAAGGAUGAAGAGGAGGAGGAGGAGAUGAAGGAAAAGAAGAAGGCAAAAAGGAAGAUUGUAGAUAAUGGAGUUGUGUCAGCAGAUGACUCUCCUCCUGUGUUAGAACUUACGUGUCCGGUGUCAUCGCCGCUGCCAGGCGACGCUCCGCUGGAACCGCCCGUCCUGGGCAUCGUAACGGGAGGGCGACGAUCGCCUGGGCGCUACUACAAGCGCCAGAGAUCAUCACGAAGUGGCAGCAAAAGCCAUGGCGAGGAUGAAGCCGAAUUGGGUGAGACGCCUUCUUCCCGACCGGAGGUCGUGCACGAGGGCACGCCGCUGGGAACGCCGCCCGCCCUGCCCGCGGUAGGCGUCGGCCGCCGCACGUCCGUCCUGUUCAAGAAGGCCAAAAAUGGCGUGAGAGCCGGCAAAAAGAAAUCUCCACCGCAGCACAACGGCAAAGCGGUAGAGGAUCCGAUCGAUGGCUGGGACGGCGACUCCGCCACCCUGCAUUCACCCCACGCCAACGUCACCAUCUUACCACCCACUCCUCCCUCACCCUCCUCGCGCCACCUGAGGCCUCGAGGCCACAGCUCAGACAGCGAGGCGGACAAACACUCUAGUGAGGGAGACCCGACAAAUGAAAAACAUGCCUCAGAGGAACACAACGAUGACCACAAAGUCAACUGCACAGUGUCCCCUCCCAAACGCAGCCGAGGUAAACCCGCUCUGGCCAAGGAUCUCAUCAACGACAAUGGAGACAUCUCAGAAACAGGCAAGCCUACGCUUCUUUGUCCCGACAGCUAUACAGAGUUGGCCCCUCUAGAUUUGGUGUGGGCCAAAUGCAGAGGCUAUCCAUCAUACCCAGCUAUGAUCGUUGACCCAGACAUGCCCCAGGAAGGACUCCUCCACAACGGCAUCCCAAUCCCAGUGCCUCCCGUGGAGGUGCUCAAGAUGGGCGACUGGAGGCGGAUAGAGGCCGGACAAAAGCUCUUCCUGGUACUCUUCUUUGACACAAAAAGGACUUGGCAGUGGCUCCCUCGGGAUAAACUGCUGCCCAUGGGAAUGGACGACACGGUUGACAAACUGCGCCUGAUGGAAGGCAAGAAGCCGAGCGUUCGCAAGUCGGUGCACACUGCGUACGACCGCGCCAUGAUGCACUUGAACUGUAUCCGAGGCAACCUCAACUUCACACCCACCUCCAACUUUAUAUGACUUUUUUUGCGUUGAACCGCAAACAAAAUGGGAAAAUUCUCCAGGUGCUCUUACAAUGAAGGGUAAGUAGUGGGCAGAGUUUGACUCAACCACUUGUCGCUUUGAGUUCAAAUCAAAUUAUUUUUAUUUUGACGUUUUGGCCAAAGUAAUUUAAGACUUGUAAAUAAUGAACGCUCAAAAGGGAAACUUGUAUUUUGUGAACGUCACUUGGCACUCUCAUCACAGCUGGACUUAGAAACACCGUUAUAAAUAGUAGACACGAGAUAACGUUUACUAUUACAGUGGAACCUCCAAAAACAAUCUGCUGUUAUUGACUUCUAAGUUGUUCUAAUUUCAAAUAAUUCUUUUACUAUAGGAAAUAAUGUACCAAACCUGUGCUAACUGUACAGGUAAUCUUUUGAGCACCAUUCCUAAGGGAUAUGAACCACUGUAUGCAUAAUGUAGCUAAAUAAGACUAGAAUUAAGUAAAAUUACUCACCCUAUGAAAAGGCCUGACAGAUAUAAUGGAGAGUGAAGGUUACAGGUAUUAGUGGAAUAAAUACAAUUAGACUGAUUCAAGUCUGAGAUUAAAGUCUACAACUCUGAUGUGGGAAAAAUAUAUUCUAGAAAAUAAAAAUAAUAUCGUAGAAAAAAACCUUGUUUUUAAAUAAAAAAGUUUGGGGUGGGGUGUUGGAAUUUCAGUUUUUUUUUUUUUUUUUAAAGAUAAGUGUUUUUUUUAUAAAAGAUGUAUUCUUUUUUUCCCCCAAAAAAGGUUUAAAUAUGAAAUUCAUUGAGGAAAAUUCAUUUUAAAAAACGAUGUAAAAUUGUGAAUUUAUUCUCCUAAGAUUAGCACUUCUUUUUUGGGGGGGGAAUGACUUCUCAAAACAAUAUUCUCGCAAGAUUGCGAGUUUUUGUCAUAGUACAAUUUUCACAUUUUUCUAAUGCUCCCUAUGGGGCCAUUGAAGUGCCAUACUAAAUUUAUGAAAAACAAUGAUUUAUUAUUAGAUAAUUAACAGUGUGUUAAAUGUUUUGGACUACUGUAAUCAGUGUAUUUGCCUUUUAUUGUAAAAUUAAUGUAUGCAAUAGACAAAGACCCUUUAAAGUGAAAUUAAAUGUCAUCUAUAUUUGACACAACACAGAAGUGUGCUGUGAACAACCCUGCCAAAUUUGAAUGUUUAAAAAAAGAACAAGUAUAUAAAAUGAGGCUUAAAAAUUUUGAAAAGCCGUUCUCGCUACACUCAACGCUGUGGGCGUGGCCGCUGAAUGCACAAAAGCACACCCGGUUCAACUGUCAAUCGAAUACCACUACGACGACCUGGAAAAUAUGGACGCUCCUUUGUCUAGCAUCUUUCAUAUGCCUACACAUAACUACAUAUUUGAGCCGCAAAACUAUAUGCACUUAAAGCCUCCACUGGCUGGAUUAUAUCCCACCGGGUCGUCACGGGGCUUUUCCACGCCGUGACUACAAGGCGCUCUAACUCGGUCUUGGUCCACAAUUCAGUACUAUACAGUUCUGUCUUUACACGUAUUCAGCAUUUAUCUUCAAAUAUAUAUAUUUAGAAACAAAUCUCUGAAUUCACUUUACAGUAUCUUUAAUUAAUUGUACUGCUCAUACUGAGAAACCAGGAUCCGAAGUUCCAUAUCCAGUUCUAUCUUUAUCAUCACACAUUUUAUUUGGUUUUUUUGCCAUCACUGGUGCCCCUUUUCUGUGGUGAUGUCACUGAAAAGACAAAGAAAAAGCCAAUGUUGGAGGUUCUGCUGUAUUUUCUUUUUUUGGGGUGGGGGGGGGGAUAGUACGCAGUAUAUUGUAGUCCAGCCAUGACGUGAUAUAAAGUACAUGGGACUUGUUGUCUGUACUUACGUUUUUUUCCAUAUUGUGAAAGUGUAUGUGGAGUACCUGCUAAGUGCAUACAAAGACUACUGCAGUCGAGUGACGUUUUAACCGACUUGAAAAGCACAAAUUGGCUCCUGUGUGUGUGUGUGUGUGUGUGUGGCACAUACGAUUAUGAUUACUAAGCGUAGUAAAAGGUGCAUGUUUAUAGUUUUGUACAUAUGUAAAUGUUUGUUUAUACCAGCUAACGGGAAGUAAUUUAAAACGAAUGCCAUUAUAGAAAUGUAAUUUAUAUUAAGAAAAGAAGAAAAAAAACAAGACAGUUGAGAUUAUUGUAACGAAAAGAGUCAAAUAACGGGAAAAGCCUUUUUGUGUGUAAAAUGCUUUGUAGCUCUUUGUAAUAGUGACGACAUGUCAGAAAGUUUUCUUUAAAAAAAAAAAAAAAAAAAAAAAAAAAUCACAGCACAACACUUGAGCCUUCCUGGGGUUCUCCUUUCUCUGGCAAACCUUGUCUUCAAGAGGCCAUAUUUUCUCACACAACAAUAAAAGCUGUUUGAAUCUAC